CUAAAGGUCGAACAGUUUAACAUUAAUUUGAUAAGCGAUUUUAAACGCACCGCAAUUGGUCUACAAACUCAUUUGCGCGGUUCAUUUUCGGCGUCCAGGAUUGAAACCUUCCCGGUUCGUGUUCAACUGUCGUGUAUCCGUGUCUCAACAGGAUUAGGAAAUACAGACACGCGCUCCGCGAUCAUCUACAGCAUAACGAGAUAUGAUAUAAAACUACUCCCUGUACUGCUGUGCGACGCUUCUUGAGAACCGAACAGGGCCGUAAAAUCAUGAAACAACACGAGAACGGACGGUCGUUGGCCAAUUCGAGAACUCAAGAUCGCCUAAUAGCAAGCGAAACAUUUCAAUACGUGACUACUAACCCCAAGAAAUACGGUGUGGCGAGCACGCGAAACGAACGACAACUUGCGAAGACCAUGGAUUCGCUUCAUCUGCAAAAGAAUCGGCGAAUAGCGAAACUUAGUUCGCAAAUACACGAAGUUAAAGUCCAUCAGUGGAAACUCAAGGAAAGAGACGAUGCUGUUCGAGACCUACGAACGACUGAAGAGAUGCAACAAGGUUCAAAACCAAAAGAUAUCGGGAAAGACGGCGAUCAGAAACACGGAAAAUCUCAAACACAAGGAGCUCUGGGUCGUUCGAUAAGAAAGUAUUCAGGUGCUCAAAACGAAGUGGGAUUAAAUUUAAGAAAAAACAGGCCUUCUGCGCAUAUUUCUACCAAAACCUCGCGUUCAAAAGCCGGCAACGGACAUGGUAGAAUUGUUAGACAUGACAAAAGAAACACAGUUGGUCUAAAGUCGAGUGAAGUCGUAGAAUUGAACAAGAUUCCCGCAGGGUCAAUUGCAAAUCGUCAUACAUUUACAACGAAAAGCACAUUAAUCGAUUACUCUUUGAAAAAUAUGCCAUCACGGAAGAAUCCACGUGUGUUGCAGCAAUACAAGUGUAAGUCGUAUAAUCUCGUGGGCCCCAAGAAAUUUGUCGGAAAACGAUCAAAAACACCGGGAGACGACACAAAACACGCAAAAGAAGCUUCGAAUGAGCUUCAGGGUACAAAUGAUACCCGUGAGAAACUUUUAACGACCAAUGCGAACCCCAUUGGUAAAAUAAACACCGCUCACCAUGCUCGACCGCGGUCCGGACAAGUGCCGAAAGCUUUCGAAACGGAUACGAUGAAUCACGAUCAUGCUGCGAAUGGGAAGAGGCAUAUCGUUCGCGAGGGAAGUGCCGUCGAUAAGGAGGACGACGUCUCGGAGGCGGGGGUUUCCGAUCAGGAAACGAGAGGUCGCGAUGAACGACCGAGCGUGGUAGAAGAGAAUUGGGCAGAGACGCUGAAAUCGUGUCGGUAUUUGAGAAAACCCCGAGGUUACGAGACGCCAGAAAUUCCUAUUGAAUCUGUAUUUCAGAAUGACUGAUAAUCUGAUAAUCCAUCCGACAAAACAGAAUAUUAUUGUGAUUUCGUCAGUCUAAACCUCAUUAAUUCUAAAAUAACUUUCGAGAAAGUCCAUUCCACUUUGUAGACUGGCGUUUUCUUUGAAGUUUUGCUUUAACCAAAGAUUAAAAGCUAACAAGCAUUUGAGCAUUUGAGCGAUGGCCGAGCUGGUAAAAUUGAACGAAAUAAACAUGACGAAUUGACAUAUCGCAUUUGUAUCUUUUCCGCUUUAUGUUGGGUACGCUUAAACUUGGGUUACACCACAAAAGUUUGUGAUAACAACUCGAGAUUUGAGAAAGAUCAUCCAUCUUGACGAAUUUAGACAAAGAAAAGAUAAUCCGUUUGUUUGCACGCGUUUAAACACUGGUUGAAUACCACACGAACUGUUUUUCCUUGCCUAAAUUCCUCCAAACAGACUAACCAUUCCCAGAUAUUAACUUCAUCAGAGAUAUUGGAACCUUACAUGGAUAAAUCAUAAGUUUUAAAUGAUUGGAAGUGAAUAGAGCCAUCCGAGAUUCUUGCAGUGUUUUUACCUUUUACUUUUUAUUAUUCUAACCCAUGAAGUGUUUUCCCACCCCUAAAAGAUCUUAAUUGUAGUGCUAAUCACUUAAAUAUCUU